UGACAUUGUAUGGUCUGAAAGAAACCAAUGGCUACUGCGAAGAUAGCACUCGGAGUCGGAACCGUCCCGACUCACCGAGUCACCACCGUCACCACACUUUCCCCCACCGCAUUUCCUCCGCCGCCGCACCGCCUCAUCUUCAUCAACACGCGACGGCCCCUCCGAACUCGUCCUUUCUCCCUCAGAGUCCAAGCCUCCUCCGCAGCCUCACCAGGAAAAGGAGUUGAGAAUGUGGUAAUUAUAGGUUCAGGCCCUGCAGGAUACACAGCAGCUAUAUACGCAGCGCGUGCCAAUUUGAAACCUGUAGUGUUUGAGGGGUACCAAGUGGGUGGUGUUCCUGGGGGGCAGUUGAUGACUACAACAGAAGUGGAGAAUUUUCCAGGUUUUCCAGAUGGGAUAAGUGGACCUGAUCUGAUGGACAGGAUGCGACGGCAAGCUGAACGUUGGGGAGCAGAAUUGUAUCAAGAAGAUGUUGAAGCUAUUGAUGUGAAAAAUAGUCCUUUUACGGUCCAAAGUAGUGAACGUAAGGUUAAGUGCCACACUGUCAUUUUUGCUACUGGAGCUACUGCGAAACGACUUAGGCUACCUCGAGAAGAUGAAUUUUGGAGCCGAGGAAUUAGUGCUUGUGCAAUUUGUGAUGGAGCAUCGCCUCUCUUUAAGGGUCAAAUUCUUGCUGUCGUUGGAGGAGGGGAUACAGCUACAGAGGAAGCAUUAUACUUGACAAAAUAUGCUCGUCAUGUUCAUUUACUUGUACGUCGGGACCAACUAAGGGCUUCCAGAGCUAUGCAAGAUAGAGUGUUUGACAAUCCCAAUGUGACUGUGCACUUCAAUACAGAGGCUGUGGACAUUGUGAGCAAUACAAAAGGACAGAUGUCUGGCAUUUUAGUUCGAAAGGUUGAUACUGGGGAGGAAUCUGUGCUUGAAGCAAAAGGACUAUUUUAUGGCAUAGGCCAUUCACCAAAUACCCAACUAUUGAAAGGCCAAGUUGAACUUGACCUCUCUGGCUACGUACUAGUUGAGGAGGGUACUGCAAAAACCUCAGUUGAAGGUGUAUUUGCUGCUGGAGAUGUGCAGGACCAUGAAUGGAGGCAAGCCAUAACUGCUGCUGGAUCAGGAUGUGUUGCUGCUUUAUCAGUGGAGAGAUAUCUUGUGAGCACAGAUCUUCUUAUAGAGUUCCAUCAGCCCAAAACUGAAGAGGUUAAGAAGGAACUAACGGACAGGGAUGUUCAAGAGGGCUUUGACAUUACACUUACAAAGCAUAAGGGACAGUAUGCUCUACGAAAAUUGUACCAUGAAAGUCCAAGGCUUAUAUGUGUAUUAUAUACAUCACCAACGUGCGGUCCAUGUAGGACGCUGAAGCCAAUCCUUAGCAAGGUGAUUGAUGAAUUUGAUCAGAACGUACAUUUUAUUGAAAUUGAUAUAGAGGAAGAUCAAGAAAUAGCAGAAGCAGCUGGAAUCAUGGGUACUCCAUGUGUGCAGUUUUUUAAAAACAAGGAGAUGCUUGGGACUGUCUCAGGAGUCAAAAUGAAGAGUGAAUACAGAGAAUUCAUUGAAGCGAAUAAAUAGAAGUACUUCAAAACAUUCCAGGGUGAUACCCUAUUUCUGUGAUUCAAUUUUGUUUUUUAUAUUUACCAGCUGAAUAGCGCUGUCAAUUUUGACAACUAUUCCUUGAGCUAAUCAGCAACUUCAUAGAUUGUACAUGUAGAGCUACCAGUCACUAUUGUACUUUUGAUUGUUCAGUGUUUCAUUUUUCCUAAUUGAAUUAGCAAGUCUCAACUACGAACAUCUCGUUGACGAUGUACUGAGUGAAAUGUCACCCAUAAUAUCAUCAUCCAAGCUGAAAUGACGG